GGGAAUAGUGGUGAUGGUGGUGUCAUGGUGUGUCACCUUGAACACAAUGUGGCAAAUGAUACAACUCCACGAGUGUGUCCCAGGUACCCGUUUCAACCGUUACUACCACCUUGGACGGCACGCGUUUGGUCCAAGGUUGGGUCCGUGGAUUGUCUUGCCCCAACAGUUGAUUGUGCAAACAGGGUGUGACAUAGUCUACAUUGUGACUGGUGGGACAUCUCUCAAGAAGUUCAUGGAGAUAGCUUGCAUUAGUUGUGGAAGGAUCAGACAGUCUUAUUGGAUUCUUAUAUUUGGUGGAAUCCAUUUUUUUGUCUCUCAGCUUCCCAAUUUCAAUGCUGUCUCUGGUGUCUCUUUUGCAGCAGCAAUUAUGUCUAUCAGGUAAUAAAAACUGUUUGUUUUAUCUGUAACUAUUGUGGGUAUUGAUUGAUUGAUUAAUUGAAUUAAGCUAGCUACUCAACUAUUACUUGGAUGGGGAGCUUGGGGAAAGGAAGAUCAGAGACAGUGAGUUAUGAAUACGGUUCGAAAUCUACUGAUAACAUGUUCAGAGCUUUCAAUGCAUUAGGGCAGAUAGCAUUUGCAUAUGCUGGUCAUGCAGUUGUGUUGGAGAUUCAAGCAACCAUUCCUUCAACACAUGAGAAACCUUCCAAGGUUCCUAUGUGGAAAGGGGCUAUCUGUGCUUAUUUUAUCAACGCCAUUUGCUAUUUCCCUGUUGCCUUCAUUGGCUAUUGGGCUUUCGGCCGAGAUGUCCCUGACAACGUGCUUCAGGGUCUUCAAAAGCCUUCUUGGCUUAUUGCAGCUGCUAAUUUGAUGGUUGUAGUCCAUGUCAUCGGUAGUUAUCAGGUGUAUGCAAUGCCAGUAUUUGACUUGAUCGAAAACAACUUGGUUAAAACAUGUCAUUUUCGCAAUGGAUUUCCACUCAGGCUUAUUGUUCGCACUUCAUACGUCGCAUUCACUUUGUUCAUUGGUGUGACAUUCCCAUUCUUUGGUGAUCUUAUCGGUUUCUUUGGUGGAUUUGGAUUUGCUCCAAUUUCUUACAUUCUUCCUAGCAUCAUAUGGCUGGUGAUAAAGAAACCAAAGAGAUUUAGUCUUAACUGGUUCAUGAACUGGAUAUGCAUUUUUGUUGGAGCUGUCAUAAUGUUGGCAUCAACAAUUGGAGGGUUAAGGAACAUUGUUGCAGAUUCUUCCACUUAUAAAUUCUACUCAUAA